UGUAACAGCCCACCUUUCAGAACUUCCCGGGGUUGCUCUGCUGCCCCCUUCCGGCGCCGCGAUGCACUCCGGGCGUUAGCGCCGGCGGUGGGGCUGUGCUCUCCCCGCACACAGGAGUGGGAACGGGAGAUAAUCCGUCCCUCCCGGGAAAAAGCCACGAGUUGCUGUCGUGCUGCGGGAGAGAAAUCCGAGGCGAGAAACAGAGAAAGGAAGCGUGCGGCCAGGAGCAGGGGUCCCACAAGUGAAGAGGAGCCCGUGAGAUGUAGCCCUGAACCCCGCUGACCCCACAGUGGCCGAGUUCUGCCCGGUUCGGGAUCUGGCUCUUUCAUCAGCUCAGGAGGGAAGAGUUGCGGCCCCUGGCCAGAUGAGAAGUCCACACCACCCCCGAGAAGAAGAUUCCACUGGCUUCCAAAGGAUAUUUACAUACUGCAUCCCUGAACUUUGUCGGUGAGCAAGAGCAAUGCCAGGAGGUGUGGAGAAGGCGUGUCAUCGGUGCAUUUCUAAAAUUGCCAGCAAUGCCUGCUUCAUUGUUCUGCUCUUCACUUUCCUGGCGCUGCCGCUGUCCAUGGCCUUCACAGGAAUGAAGUUUUUGGAGGACUGUCCCAUACAGCCCCUCAUCCCUCUUUAUUUGCUGGUGGGUGGGAUCAUCGGGGCCUUAAAGGUGUCUCUCCUGCUGUACGACUCCACCCGGAUGAGGCGGCUUCUGUCCAAGGCCGUGGUGAUCGACGACGAUGACGACGAUGAGUACCCCUGGAGGCAGAACGCACACAAGUAUUACCUCCACCUGCUGCUCAGCCUCUUCCUCUUCCUCUGGUUCCUUCUGGGAAAUUACUGGGUCUUUUCUGUUUACCUGCCUGAGUUCAUUCCCCCUUUCCAGCAGCCUCAGGAGUACUGUGACAAGACCCUGUACCUCUUUGCAGUAGGGGUCCUCGUGCUCAGCCACACCGUGCUGGUCCUACUCGUCCUGGGCAGCAGCUGUGUCUAUGUGUGGUCCAGGUGGAGGUCUGUGGCUGAGGAAGACUGAAAACUGUCCCCCUCCCCAGCACACGCAGGCACACAUAUGCACACACACAAAUACAUGCACACACAUGCACAGAUACACAUGCACA